GGCGCGGUCACUCUGACGUCAUGACACGGAAGUGGAUUGGAAUAGAACUGCUGUUCUUUCCAUGUGUUUGUUUGGACUCUUUCACAUUGUCAACAAAUGUCUUCACCGGAGGAUUUAGUCAAGCAGUGGGAAAGCGAGCAGGACCACCUCAGACAGCAAGUAGUGGAGGAGGACACCCAAGCCUGGCAGAAGAACCUGGACUUCUCCGGCCUGGAGCGGGUGGGUGGACUGGACCUCUCCUUCAUCAAAGGUGACGACAUCAACGCCUGUGCCCAGCUUGUGGUGCUCAGCUACCCAGAUCUGGAGGUGCUGUAUGAAGACACUCAGAUGGUGACCCUGACAGCACCGUACAUCGCAGGCUUCCUGGCCUUCCGGGAAACACCUUUUGUCUUGGACGCGCUGCAGCGGCUAGAAAGGGACAAACCCGCUCUUCUGCCUCAGGUGGUGUUUGUGGACGGCAAUGGUCUCCUUCACUACAGAGAAUUCGGACUGGCAUGCCAUUUGGGGGUGAAGUCAGGGCUACCGUGUGUGGGCGUGGCUAAGAACCUGCUCCAGGUCCAGGGUAUAUACAAAAGUGAGGAACACCAGUCUCAGAUAGCUGCCCUGCAGAAAGGAGGAGACAGCUUUCCACUCAUUGCAACCUCAGGAAAAGUGCUCGGAAAGGCGCUGCGUAGUUCGGACAAGAGCACAAAGCCGGUAUAUGUGUCAGUCGGCCAUAAGAUCAGUCUGGAUACAGCUGUGCGCCUCACACACGCCUGUUGUCGCUUCCGAGUCCCAGAGCCCAUCAGACAGGCCGACUGUCUCUCCAGAGAAUAUCUUCGCUCUCACUUCCCCGCUGCACAAACAGGACACCCAGAACAAGUGUGCGGCCCUCAGUGGAAAAAGUUUGGACACCCCUGGUCUAGAAUAUCUCCAUGUUAAGAAACUCGACUUCAGCUCCACCAUGACGUCUUGUUAGCAAACACAGACACAAUACUGUAGCGUAGUAAGCCUAAGUAUUGAUUAAAAACAAUGCAUAUGUUUUAUUUAAUUACACACAGUGCACAAACAUCACCAACAAUGAUACUCCAAACACAGUACAUAUUUACAGACUUCUUUGGCGUACCACUUGAUGGAGGUGACGUACCAGGUAUGUUACUGAUCGAGACCACAAGGAAGUGUUUUAAAUGUAAAUUAGAAUCAUUUCGUGCGAGUCUGGCAU